AUGCCUCCACGCAGCAAGAGACGACGCUUAACGGACCCCACCGAAGAUCACAGUCAUGAAAUUUGCCAGCCAGCAACUCAAUCACAAAAAGGCAGUUGGAAUGGCUUCUGUGAAAUCGAAUCAGAGCCUGCUUUGUUCAAUGUGAUGCUCCGUGAAUUUGGGGUCAAGGGUGCCAAGGUCCAAGAAGUGAUUUCUCUUGAUGAAGAAAUGAUGGCAUUUCUUCACCAACCAAUCUAUGGGUUGAUCUUCCUAUUCCGCUGGCGGGAGGAUGAUACAGACAAGCAGGAAGCCACCUGUCCAGAUGGGCUCUGGUUCGCAAAUCAGACCGCAGAUAAUGCAUGUGCUAGUGUAGCGUUGCUCAAUAUCGUCAAUAAUAUCCCGGACAUUGACUUGGGAGAAAAUCUUCAACAUUUCAAAGACUUUACCAGAAAUUUCACCCCAGCUCUCCGAGGAGAUGCUGUUAACAACUUUGAAUUUGUCAAGAGGAUUCAUAAUUCCUUUGCGCGAAAGAUGGAUAUCUUAAAUUCAGAUCUGCAGCUUAAAUCGGAGGCCCGUUCCAAAAAACGGUCUAAAGGCCAGGACGCAGGGGAAACCGAUGCUACUUUCCACUUCAUUGCUUUCAUGCCCGCGAUGGGUCAGCUAUGGAAAUUUGACGGGCUAGAGAGGCAGCCCCAAGCAUUAGGUGAAUGCUCUCAAGAUGACUGGUUAGAGCUAGCUCGACCUAAUCUGGUAGCCCGGAUGGCGGCAUAUGAAGAGGAGCAGAUUGAAUUUUCGAUUCUCGGUGUAGUUCGAGAUCCUUUGCCUGGUCUGAUUCAGCAACUUGCCGACAAUGUGCGAGGCCUGGAAGUAUUAACGUCGAGAGUGAUGGAGGAAAACCCGAACGAUAUCGAAGCUAUGAUGUCUGGGCUUCCAGAGACGGUGCUUGGACCCGACCCUUCUUACGAUCUGACUCGUGAAGUCAUAGAUACGGCUACAGUCUCCAAGGAAGUCUCCAAGAUACUCUCUUCGCAAUCAUCUCUCGCGGAGGUUCAGCAGCGACUACAAGAGCUCAUAGCGGAACAACGCGAGCUACUCAAGAAUAUCCGAGAAGAGCAACAAUCUCAACGAACGGACGAGGAUCACGCGACGGGGCGACGGUAUGAUUACGGACCAGCUGUGCGGACUUGGUUGCGCUUCCUAGCACACAAACAACUGUUGGGUGAGUUGUUGCAAGGCAAAUGA